AUGCCCUCCAGGGCUGACAUCACAUACUUUGGUGCCGGGCCAGCACUGCUUCCCACGCCCGUUCUUGCGCAUGCCGCCGAAGCUCUUUUGAAUUACAAGGAUACAGGCUUAGGCAUUGCUGAACACUCACAUCGCUCUCAAUAUGCUGCCGACAUCAUCAACCAAGCAAAGGCUGAUCUAGCCACUUAUCUCGAUAUCCCUGAUGACUAUGAGGUGCUCUUCAUGCAGGGUGGUGGAAGUGGCGAAUUCUCCGCUACUGUCUAUAACCUUGUGGGCGCUUGGGUGGCCAGAAAAAAGGUCGAGAUUCUGAAGCAGAUGGGCGCCCAAAGCGAGGAAGGAGCCGAUUCGGAAGAACUCGUAUCAAGGCUCAAAAAGGCCGUUGAUACCGACUUAAAGCUAGACUACCUAGUAACAGGCGGCUGGUCUCUAAAGGCUUACCAAGAAGCUGGCCGUUUGCUAGGCCCUGAAUACACCAACCUGGCUGUUGAUUCUCGAACUGUAAACGAUGGGAAAUUCGGCAAGAUACCGGAUGAGAGUGCCUGGAAACUGUCCAAGGAGGCCGCCAUGGUAUACUACUGUGACAACGAGACUGUAGAUGGUGUUGAGUUCCCCGAAUUCCCCAAGUCUUUAGGUCCCGAUUCGAACGGCGUAGCCCCUAUCGUCGUUGCGGAUAUGUCGUCAAAUAUCCUGUCGAGGCGAAUCCCGGUUGAGACAUUCUCAGUCAUCUUUUUCGGUGCACAAAAAAACCUUGGUUCGACCGGAGUAACCGUAGUCAUCAUUAAGAAGAAUUUACUGCCUCCUGCAUGCCCACAGCCUUCCCCGGCCCUCCUGAGGAAACUUGGUCUUCCGGUUCCGCCUGUUAUCUUCUCAUAUGAGACCAUUGCCAAGAAUAACAGCUUAUACAACACACUCAGCAUCUUCGAUGUCUUCAUCGCCGGUCAAGUACUAAAACAGCUACUCACCACGUUUCCUGAUAAGGUCGACGGCCAGCAAGCAGUCGCCAAUCAGAAAGCGGAAGCCAUCUACUCCGCUCUGGAGGCAUACCCCAACAUCUACAAGAUUGUGCCGGACAAAUCCGUACGCUCCAGGAUGAACAUUUGCUUCCGGGUAACUGCAGGUGGUGACACGGCAGGCGCCGAAGCAAAGUUCCUGCAGGGCGCAACGGCCCAGGGGCUGACUGGGUUGAAAGGCCACCGAAGCGUCGGAGGUAUCCGUGCCAGCAACUACAACUCGAUUCCGCUCGCUGGGGCCCUGAAGCUCGUAGAUUUCAUAGAGAAAUUUGCGCAAAUGGCCCCUGACAUCGUUUUGGCAGCCAAAUGA